AUCAGUCAUCAGUUCUUUACCGUAUACGCUGCAUAUUUUUUAAUAGCCGGCUUAGCAUUGUUGCCUUUGUUUAAAUUCUCAAAGCAUUACGUAUGUCGAAUAUGCACCUUUUUCUCCCCGCUUUUCAGAGAUUAAGAAAAACAGUUGAAUGUAACAUGCACCACAAAAGCAGUUGAACUGAAUCGUCAUCCAUAUAGUGAAAACAAAAACUCGUUUUGUAUCGAAGACUGGUUGUGAGUAAAUAAGAAUAAUAGAUUUUUACCUGGUUGUAUCGGAAGUUAGUUACGACUCGACCUAAUAUAUUUGCAAAGCAUCAGCAUCUCUCCCAUUGUGCUUUAAACAUAACUUUUGCUCUGCAAAAAAAUGUCGAUCCAAUUAAGCGGUGCUAGCUUACCAGAAUUCGCAGUGAUUCGAUAUCCCGGUUUGGUAAAAGAUGUAAAUAAAAUGUUAUGUACCUUGGGUGGAGUUACGAAAGUGUCGCAAGCUUUAGAAGGAGACACCAAAAGACUGGAAUUGCGAUAUCAUUAUGAAAAUCCGUUUAAUAAAUCUGUGUACGGCGAAAUUAAUAAACGAGCUGGACUUUUGCUAUCGAUUAAAGUUAGGCGCUCGAAGAAGGACCGUUCCAAGCCCCCGCAGUACAAAGUUGACAUAUUAGGUUGUACAAACACAGGCUUUACGUUUGAAUCGAUGUGCGACUUCCAAUAUUUGCCUUUACUACCGGAUAAUGAAAAUAAGCGUGAAUUAAAAAUGAUGAUGCACUCGAUUAUGCCUCAAUCGGUUAUUGACUUGGAUUUCUUUAAUCGCACUGAAGUACCUUUAAUAACCGUACCCACCGUAUUUGCACGUUACGACAAUGUCCACAAUAAUAUAUUCCGCGGUGAUUUCUCUAAAGAAGACGGCCAACACGAAGUUCUAGGUGUAUGUCAAAAGUCCUCUUAUGAGAACCGUGAUAUAGUACCCUUCAGCACCGUAGAUAGCUUUCCCGCUCGUCCCGAUCCUCAGAUCAUUAAGCGCAUGAAAGUGAAGUACGUAUCCGAUGAGCAAUUUGAAAAAGUUAAAAAGCUCUUUGAGGAAUGUCCUGUGUGGACUCGAAUCGCGCUUUUGUAUGAAUCUGGUAUCAGCAACGACAAAUUGAAAUGUAUAAUACCAUCGAUGGCAUAUUACUUUUCUACGGGACCGUGGCGCACAAUGUACGUGCGAUAUGGUUAUGAUCCACGUAAGGAUUUUAGUUCACGUUAUUAUCAAACGUUCGACUUUAGAUUAAGAUUUCGUUCAGGCAUCGCGGAGUUUGUGUCCGAUCGCAAGACUAGUAUUAAAAAGCGUCAAAAAAAUCCUUAUGAAAUUAAUACCUUGGUGCAGGAUAUUGAUUAUCCUUACUUUGACGAACAUAAGCUGCCUCGUUCACGUCAAUGCAUUUUGAGAUACUGCGAUAUUCGCAUGCCUAAAAUUCAGGAAAUGUUGGAGAAGAUACCAUCGCCUCUAGCUGGUGCUACAUGCAAUGAACGUACGGGUUGGCUGCCGUCUGGCUUUGAUAGUCAAGUGAGACAAAUUGUCUGCAAUGUUAUAAAGGAUCUGCUGAAAAACCAUUACCGCAAAGAGCACAUACAUGCUGAACUUGAAUCCUGCGAAAAUACGGGUCAAGAAGCUGAAGAUGACGACGGAGCAGUUUCCGAUGAAGGGGGCCCUGAUGAUUUUAUGAAUGAUGACAACAUUGAAGAGAUUUUGGACGAUAUGCAAAUUGAAGCCGACGAAAUAAAUUGAAUUUAAAAUUAAUUUA